UUGUCUGAUGCUCAGCCGGCAUCUGUCAUUCAUGUUUUUGUGUCCUCAAUGCGUGGUCGGUCAACAAAUUGAAGUAAAUUUCAUUAUAAACGCCUAAAAUUAAUGCAAAUUGUGAAUAAUCCUUAAGUUAAACAGUGUUGCAAUCGAUUAAAAGUGCAUGUAAGUGAAAACACCGGAAAAAAGUGGUCGAAUCGGACAUAACUUUGUCGCAUCAAAAACGAUGGCUCACAAGCGGAAAGCUGACGGGCAAGUUCCGGCCGAGGAGAACGAUUUGCUGCUGAUACGACCUCUCGGAGCCGGUCAGGAGGUGGGUCGCUCCUGCAUCAUGCUCGAGUUCAAGGGUAAAAAAAUCAUGUUGGAUUGUGGGAUCCAUCCGGGCCUGUCCGGAAUGGACGCGUUGCCUUUCGUGGAUCUGAUCGAGGCAGACGAGGUGGACCUGUUGUUCAUUUCCCACUUCCAUCUGGACCAUUGCGGUGCGCUGCCGUGGUUUCUGCAGAAGACCAGCUUCAAGGGACGCUGCUUCAUGACCCACGCCACUAAGGCCAUCUACCGGUGGAUGCUGUCCGAUUACAUCAAGGUCAGCAACAUCAGCACGGAUCAGAUGCUGUACACGGAGGCGGACCUGGAGGCCAGUAUGGAGAAGAUCGAAACGAUCAACUUCCACGAAGAACGGGACGUGAUGGGAGUGCGGUUCUGGGCUUACAAUGCCGGACAUGUGCUGGGAGCUGCAAUGUUCAUGAUCGAGAUUGCUGGCGUGAAAAUUUUGUACACUGGGGACUUUUCGCGGCAGGAAGAUCGCCACUUGAUGGCGGCGGAGAUUCCGGCCAUGAAGCCGGACGUUUUGAUUACGGAAUCUACUUACGGGACUCACAUUCACGAGAAGCGAGAGGAUCGAGAAAGUCGGUUCACCAGUUUGGUCCAAAAGAUUGUACAGCAGGGCGGACGGUGCUUGAUCCCCGUGUUUGCCCUUGGCCGAGCUCAAGAACUGUUGCUCAUUUUGGAUGAAUACUGGAGCCAGAAUCCGGAACUUCAGGAGUUUCCCAUCUACUACGCGUCGUCUUUGGCAAAGAAGUGUAUGGCCGUGUACCAAACGUACAUCAACGCGAUGAAUGACAAAAUCCGGAGGCAGAUUGCCGUCAACAAUCCGUUCGUAUUCCGCCACAUUUCCAACCUGAAAGGCAUCGAUCACUUCGAGGACAUUGGUCCUUGUGUCGUAAUGGCUUCGCCCGGUAUGAUGCAAAGUGGUCUCUCCCGGGAGCUCUUCGAGACUUGGUGCACAGAUCCCAAAAACGGUGUUAUCAUCGCAGGUUAUUGCGUGGAAGGAACCCUCGCCAAAACCAUCCUCUCCGAACCGGAGGAGAUUACCAGCAUGUCCGGACAGAAGCUCCCCUUGAACAUGUCUGUCGAUUACAUUUCGUUCUCAGCUCACACCGACUACCAACAAACGAGCGAGUUCAUUCGGAUAUUGAAACCCGCCCACGUAAUUCUAGUUCAUGGCGAGCAGAACGAAAUGAACCGGCUGAAGUCUGCCCUCCAGCGGGAGUACGAAAGCGAUCCGAAUGCCAACAUCACUCUGUACAAUCCGAAGAAUACACACGCCGUGGAGUUGUACUUCCGGGGCGAGAAGACGGCCAAGGUUAUGGGGAAUCUGGCGGUUAAGAGUCCCGAGGAAGGUCAGAAGCUUUCUGGGGUGUUGGUUAAACGGGACUUCAAGUAUCACCUUCUGGCAGCGUCAGAUUUGUCGAAAUACACCGACAUGAGCAUGUCGGUGGUGACCCAGCGGCAGAGCAUCCACUGGAAGGGUUCCAUCGCCAGCCUGAGGCUUCUGCUGGAGCGCAUCGGCGGUCCCGGAACGGUGUCCUCCGACGCCAUCGACAGCGACAAAAAGUUCAAAGUAUUCGACUGCAUCGACGUGUCGUUCGACGGGAAGAUCAUCAUCAUGGAAUGGCAGGCCACUCCGGUGAAUGACAUGUACGCCGACACGGUGCUGGCCACCUUACUCCAGUCGGAACUGAGCGGCAGCAUGGUGAAGGGGGCCACGGCCACCAAGCCGGACAAGAUGCACUUCAAGGAGUGCCUCAUCGAAACGCUGCAGGAGAUGUUCGGAGCGAGUUCCGUGCCGAAGCUGUUCAAGGGCGACAGUUUGACCGUGACCGUGCACGGGAAGCAGGUGGACAUUAAUUUGAAUACUUUGGAGGUGUCGUGCGAGCAGGAUGAGGUCCUGUACCAAACGGUCAAAACGACCGUCAACAAGUUGCACCAAAAUCUCGUACAAGUGUCGUAAAUUUUUGGACGCGUUUUAAGCUAAGCUCGCAAGUUGAUUCAUUACAUAACUUGUCCAUUUUUCCUCUCAUCCUACAAUGGGAAAUAUUAUGCCCUUAGAAUUUAGAAA